AUGAAGCUCACUUUUAAGGAUCUCAAACAGCAAAAGUUCCUCAUUGAUGCCGAGCCGUCUGAUACUAUCGGUCAGCUCAAGGAAAAAAUCACUGCCGAGAAGGGAUGGGAUGCCUCUCUCCAGAAGCUCAUCUAUUCAGGCAAAAUCUUGCAAGAUGAUAAAACAGUAGAAUCCUACAAUAUCGAGGAGAAAGGCUUCGUAGUCUGCAUGGUAUCAAAGCCCAAGGCCACACCUGCAGCAGCUUCAAGCUCUAAGGCCGCAGCUACCCCAGCUAAAGUUCCUUCAACACCUGCGCAACCCACUGUGCCAGCUACCCUUUUUGCGCCAGCUCAAUCUGCUGCUGCUGGUUCCUCCAGUUCUGCUGUUCCGGAGACCCCAACACCCGCCGGCUCAGGUUCUGCAGCCCCCUCCAACUUCAAUGAUCCUUCAGCGCUUGCUAUGGGAGGAGACGGCGAGUCUGCUAUUCAAAAUAUGAUUGCAAUGGGAUUUGAGAGGAGUGAGGCUGAAAGAGCUAUGAGAGCUGCAUUCUUCAACCCAGACAGAGCUGUGGAUUAUCUCCUCAACGGUAUUCCUGAUCAUGUCCAGCAAGAGAGACAACCUCAGUCACCAGAUGCUCGUCCCGCCGCUCAAGCACCAUCUGCCCCACGAUCGGCUGCUCCAGCUGGAGGAGAUGCAUCGGCAGAACCUUCAAAUCCAGAGAACAUCAACUUGUUUGAAGCUGCUGCUGCUGCUGCUAGCCAGCGCUCUGGAGGUGGUGCUCGUGGUGGAGCUGGAGCUGGAGGACUUGGAAAUCUUGAUUUCCUCCGCAACAACCCGCAGUUUCAACAGCUUCGCCAAGUUGUUCAACAGCAACCACAAAUGCUCGAGCCAAUCUUGCAACAAGUUGGGUCAGGAAACCCUCAACUCGCUGCUUUAAUCAGUCAGAAUCCGGAUGCAUUCUUGCAGUUGCUUAGUGAAGACCCUGACGAUGGUGAGGGUGCACCUUUGCCGCCGGGUGCUCAGCAGAUCGCGGUCACUCCUGAAGAGAGAGAUGCUAUUGAGAGACUAUGCCGUCUGGGUUUUGACAGAGACAUGCCUGACGAUGAUAUGGAGCCGUAG